AUGUGAAAUAAAAUCUUUCCCAGAUUAUGAAAUAUAUUGUGCUUCUUGUAUUCCACGAGAUAAGGAAACCAUUGUCUUUAUCAUCGGUAAUAUGAAAAAAAAGAUCGUAACAAGGAGAGAUAUAAUCAAAAACCAAACAAAUUCCCUCUUCGCAUUACUACUAAAUGAUAGUAAUAUCAAACAAGAUGACGACCAUGUCUUUGAGGUUCCACUUAAUCUGAAGUUUCUGAAUGAAAUUGAACGUGCACUUCAAGGCCGUGAAGUGAUUACUGAAUAUGAAAACGAAGAUCUUAAAAAUGAGUUGUAUUUCUUUACCGGUAGAGAAAAUAUCGAACUACUUUUUGAAUCAGAAGAUUUAUGUUCGUGUGGUAACAGGAGAUACAAAAAGAAUUCGAAAUGUAAAGAGUGCUAUAAAAACUUAUUAAAGGAACUUGCGCCACUGUAUUGUAGUCAUAAACAGAUAUUAUGCAGCAUGUGUAAAUCUGGUAAAAGAUAUUGGGAUCUCAAGAAAAGGAUUUAUCUUGAUAAAUGCAAAGUGUGUAAUGAUUUCAUAGAGAUGAAUAAUUCUAAUCUAAAUUUGGAGAUCAUUUGUAAAGAUUGUAGUAAUAAAUGGGGACAGAUA